UCCGGGCUCUUUGAGGUUAAAAGGGAAGGCCAGGCCAGGGGUCCCAGGCCACAGGAUUUCAGCAGCCCACUCGGCAGGGCAGAGCCACUUCUGGGUCUCCUCCUUCCUUCCCAGCAUCGACUCCCAGUCUCAGUCCUGGCCAUGGGACUCCCGCACGGCCACCUGUGCACCGCCUCUAGCGCCCGGGCCCUGUCGAGGCUGCUGCUGCCGCUGCUCGUGACGCAACUGUGGGCCGCGGAGGCGGUGCUGCUCCCCAGAAACGACACCGGCGUGGACCUUGUGGCCUCCGGCGCUCCUUGCGCACGCGGUUCGCAGCCCUGGCAGGUCUCCCUCUUCAGUGGCCUCUCGUUCCACUGCGCGGGCGUCCUGGUGGACAAGAGUUGGGUGCUCACAGCCGCGCACUGCCGGAACAACAAUCCUCUAUGGGCUCGCAUUGGGGACGACCACCUGCUCCUCCUCCAGGGCGAGCAGCUCCGCCGGACCACUCGCCACGUCAUCCACCCCAAGUACCACCAGGUCUCAGGCCCCAUCCUGCCGAGGCGGACAGACGAGCAUGACCUCAUGCUGCUGAAGCUGGCCAGGCCCGCUGUGCUGGGGCCUCGCAUCCAGACCCUGCGCCUGCCCUACCGCUGUGCCCAGCCCGGAGACGAGUGCCAGGUCGCUGGCUGGGGUACCACGGCUACCCGAAGAGUGAAGUACAACAAGGGCCUGAGUUGCUCCAGGGUCACUGUCCUGAGCUCUAAAGAGUGCGAGGUCUUCUACCCUGGUGUUGUCACCAACAACAUGAUGUGUGCAGGACUGGACCAGGGUCAGGACCCCUGCCAGAGUGACUCCGGUGGCCCUCUGGUCUGUGACCAGACCCUGCAGGGCAUCCUUUCAUGGGGUGUCUACCCCUGCGGCUCAGCUCAGCAUCCAGCGGUUUACACCCAGAUCUGCAAAUACAGCUCCUGGAUAGAGAAAACCAUACACUCCAACUGACCCAGAGGCCCUGCCACUCCACCAGCUGCCGUCUUGCUCCUUCCUUCACAGUUGCGGGGGCUGAAUUCUCCCCCUGUUCUGUUCAAACCUCCACUGCCCAACACCUGCUAACAUCUCUCCUCAUCUCCCCCUGCCUACUGCUGCUCUUUCCACACUUUGAAGCCAAAGUGUCAAUAGAGGUGGUCAAGUUUAAUUCAAGAGAAGCAAGGAAGCUGGUGGUCACCCAGCAUCUGAGAGAAGUUGUCACUCACUCAGCCUGCCUCCCUCUGCUAAUCCCUGCUGUGUGACCUCGGGCAAGCAGAGUAACCUGUCUGGGCCUCUGUUUCUUCAUCUGGAAGAUGGGGACAAUGGAGUGCCUGCCUCAGAGGCAUUGUGAAGAGACGAUCAUACAACAUGACCAUACAACACGAGUGCAUAGGUUGCUAUGGUAACUGUUAGUAAAGCAUUAACAUAGGGGGUGGCAAGCCCUGACUGAAUGUUCCCUGUUGUCAUGAUCUGUGAGCAGGUCCUGGUGAGGAUGAACGUAUGUAACUUCGUGUCCUGGGGAGAAAAGCACAGAAGUAGCACCCCCAUCCCAGGACCCCAAGCCCCAUCCUCCACAUCCCCAUCCCUCAGGGCUGAUGGGAGAAUCACACUCCCCACCCUCCCCUCAAGGUCUAUGAAGCACCCCUUAACCACUUCCUUCCUCCCUCCCACUGUUCCCCACGUCUGGGUCCACCCAGCACCAGUUCCUCCUGUCCCAGCAGGAGCUGGGCCACCUCUGAGUCAUCUAAUCCCUUCUCUGCCUUCCUGGGGCCACUAGAACCCAAGGGACCUCACCACAGAUCCACCUCAGCCUCCAAGACCAGAGGAACCCGCCCCACCUUAGUUGCUAAGUUCAAGGAAAGAAGUCCUCUGAGAUUUAGGGGAAGUUUUUUGUUGAGAUCCCUCUCCAUUCUCUCACCAAUCGCAAGCCCCAGUCCCAGCUCCACCAUAUCCCCAUUCUCCUCUGAGCCCCUCACCACCCCCAGUCCACCACCAUCCCCACCCUAUCCCAAAUUGGCUUGGAAAUUUCGCCCUGGAAAUAUGGAAGGAGAAGGGUUCUUUACCUUUCGCAGAAAGUGUCUCCAUGUAAAUAUUCCUACGCUGGGGGUGUAUUCUACACAGAAUCCAGGCAGAGCUAACCACUGUUUGGGAACCUCCAUUUAGCCUGGACUCUGGAGACGUAACAUCAGCUGAACAUACGCACAACAGAGAUGUUCCACUUCUGAGCACCUAUUAUAUGGCAGGGGGGAUGCUGGGCACUGAGAACAUAGUGGUGACCACCACCACGAGGUCUUUGCCCCUACAGAGCCCACGGAAGACUGGCACAUAGUCUCCAGCUCCCUUCCUCUGCCCCCAUUAGCACACCCAGGAAACGCCAAUCAGACAUAUCAGCUAAAUUUGUCAUGCAACACUCGAAGAGGUGGGAACUUGAUUCGUUUUUAAAGGCACAUCACCCAUCCCUUUAGUCAUCAUACUACAAGUGUUUACUGAGCUGUGUCCUACUCUAGGUCCUGGAGAUGAAUCAGUCCGAGUUCUACCCUCAAGGAGCUGCUAGUCAGGUCAGGGAUACAGGCAAGGUUUCCAUUCUUGUCAUUCAGGUUUCUACGCAAAUGUCACCUCCUCAGGCCUUCCAGGAUUGCCCUGGCUAAAGGGGUCCCCUGCGUCACCAGGAAAACAGUCCAUUGCUGGGCUUAUUUCUUUUGCAGCACUUGUUAGAACUGGAAUGACCUCAUUUGUUUGUUUACUGCAUAAUGGUCUGUCACCUGUCUCUCCCGACUCAGUCCAUGAAAGCAGGGACUCUGAUUUAUUCACUAGUGAUUUUUCUUUUUUUAA